UGCAAUUGUGGAGCUUGCAAGUUGCACCUUUCACCAUUUCGCCUAGCUAGUUGCAGAGGGUGGCUGGAGAUCCCACUGCACCUUUCAUGAUCUUGUGACAAAGAAGAAACGAACAUGCAGUCCAACACAGAAACAGUUUGCAGAUACAUGAAAGAGAGGCUUAAAGAUGUGGCUACAACCCAACAUGACCGAUGUUGUAUAUUCAAAGUUCACGACCAAUUACGCAACGUAAACGAAAAGAGCUACCAACCAGAGAUUAUGGCCAUUGGACCUUAUCAUCAUGGACACCAAAGCCUGCAAUGGAUGGAGCCACACAAGCUGCGUUACAUGAACUCACUUCUUCAAUGGAAGAGGGUCUCCUUAGAAAAACUCGUAAACGCCAUAAUGGAGCAAGAGAGCCACCUGCGGGAGUACUAUGCAGAAACCAUAAACCUCGACCAAACAAAGUUUACUGAGAUGGUCGUGCUGGAUGGUUGCUUUAUAAUAGAAUUGGUUCGCAAAUUCAACAUGGCCGAGCUGCGAGACAAAGACGACCCAAUUUUCAAGAUGGAUUGGAUAUUGAGUAGUUUGCAACGUGACUUGAUUCUGUUUGAGAAUCAGCUCCCAUUUCCGGUUUUGUGCAAAUUGUUUGACUUGAUUGAGGCCCCCAACCAACACCACAGGCUAAUAUACCUUUUAUUUGGCUUUGUAAGUGAUUUAUUCCCCGGUUUUGGAUAUGGGCAGAAACCAAACCAAAUCUCAGGUGAAAAUGUUAAGCAUUUACUUGAAUUAAUCCACAAAUGGUGGAUGCCAAUCAUGCCACCAGCCAAGCCAACAUGGCCCCAGUCAAAGAAAGGGAGGUUCUAUUCUUCUGCUUCACAGCUUACAGAGAAUGGAGUGAAGCUCAGAAGAAGCGAAGAAGCAAAACAAAUCAUCAGCCAAUUUAACAUAGAAUUCAGACGUGGGGUGUUGUGGAUUCCAACGUUAACAAUCGAGGACAGGACGGAGAGUGUGUUGAGGAAUCUCAUGGCGUACGAGCAAUACUACUCCAGCAAGGAUCUUCUUCCCCAUCAGUACUUUGUCACAAACUACGUCAAGUUCUUUAGUAGCCUCAUUGAUUCUCCGAGAGACGUGGAGAUUCUCCGGCGUUAUGGUGUGAUAGAGAAUUGGUUGGGAGGCAGUGAAGAGGUGUACAACAUGUUUAGAGAGAUAAACAAGUCGACCACAUAUCCUAAGACAGCAUGCUCCUCCUGUUACGAUGUCGUGAGUGAAAGAGUGAAUGCCCACUGCAAUACAAGUCUCAAAGGACGGAUUGCCCGAUUGCGACGAAGUUGUCUUUUUACUACCAUCAUCACGGAAAGUGUUAUAUCCAUUUGAGCGCUUUUUU